AUGGGCGCGCAACGCCUUGCCGCCGUCCUCGCCGUCGUGGCCCUGGUGCUGCUGAGCACUAGCCACGCGGCCGACGCCGAGAACCGGCAAGUCUUCCUGGACUGGGAGGUGUCCUACGCCGUGCGGUCUCCGCUGGGCGUGGCCAAGAGGGUGAUUACCAUCAACCGGCGGCUACCUGGGCCGCUGCUGAACCUCACCACCAACGACAUCGUCCACGUCAACGUCGUCAACACCCUCGACGAGCCUUUCCUCCUCACAUGGAACGGCCUGCAGAUGAGGAGGAACUCGUGGAACGACGGCGUGGCUGGGACGAACUGCGCGAUCCCGCCGGGACGGAACUGGACGUACGUGUUCCAGGCCAAGGACGAGGUCGGCAGCUUCUUCUACCGCCCAUCUCUGGGGCUGCACGCUGCCGCCGGCGGCCAUGGCCCUAUCCGUGUCAACAACCGGCCGGUCAUCGCCGUCCCGUUCGCCCAGCCCGACGGCGAGUUCGACGUCCUCAUAGGGGACUGGUACAACAUGGACGUAAAGAAGAUGAGAGAAUACCUGGACAGAGGCCGGGAUCUGCCGUCGCCGGAUGGCAUCCUGAUCAAUGGCUUGGGCACUUACGAGACUGACUUCACGUUUAAGCCAGGGCACACGUACCGGCUGCGCGUUUUGAACGUGGGCACGAGCACGUCCCUGAGCUUCCGGAUCCAGGGCCACAAGCUGCUGCUGGUGGAGGUGGAGGGCACCUACACGCUGCAGAAGCACUACGCCUCGCUGGACGUCCACGCCGGCCAGUCUCUCUCCGUCCUCGUCACCGCGGACCAGCCGCCCAAGCCGUAUUACAUGGUUGCCAGCUCACUGUUCGUCCGCCCCGAGUUGUUCGGCGUUGCCAACGUCCUCUACGCCGGCUCCGGCGGCGACCCGCCUCCCAGCGACGCGCCGCUAGAUGACCUGUCGUCGUCGCACAACAGCUACAACCGCUCCAUGGAGCAGGCAAGGUCCAUAAGCAUGAACAUGACGUGCGGCGCGGCGAGGCCGAACCCGCAGGGGUCGUUCCACUACGGCCGGAUCAACGUGACCCGCACCAUCCUCCUCCGGAACGACGAGGCCGAUAUAGACGGCCGGCGGAGGUGCACCGUGAACGGCGUCUCCUUCGCCAAUGCGGGCACGCCGCUGAAGCUGGCCGACCACUUCGACGUGGCCGGCAUCUUCACGGUCCUCUCCGGCCUGCCGGAGAGGAGGACACCCUCCUUCGGCACCACCGUCAUUGACGCCCGGUACAGGGACUUCGUGCAGAUCGUGUUUGAGAACAAGCUUCAGUCGCUGCAGACGUGGCAUCUGGACGGUUACAGUUUCUUCGUCACCGGGAUGGGCUGGGGCAAAUGGAGACCGGACGCAAGAUCAACUUAUAAUCUGGUCGAUGCUAUCUACCGUUCUACCGUCCAGGUGUACCCGGCAUCAUGGACGGCCGUAUUGGUGUCUCUGGAUAAUGAAGGAAUAUGGAACUUGAGGUCCCAGGAUUUGGGCAGGAGAUACUUAGGCCAAGAGACCUACAUGAGGGUGAGCCAGGGCGGCUCGGAGGUCACUGAUCCGAGAGAUGAACUGCCCAUGCCUUCAAAUGCUCUGGUAUGUGGAAAAGCCAAGUCUUCGAAGUUAGGGCGAGCAUGA